AUGGCUUUCGACGACGACGAUAGCCCGCUGGUGGCAGGGCCGGUGCCGGCGGAUGGCGAAGGGAAUGCCCCGACGGCGGAAGAGACUCUCGAGGACGACAUGCCCGACUACAAGCUGUUUGCAUCUGCGUUUUCAAAAAAGGGCGUCUCGAGCCAGACGAUAAGAAAGGGCGAAAAGGACUUUGAGGCGCACGGAACACGAUCUCAGGACGGCGCGCUGGAAUCAAGUCGCAGAGCGCUGGAGGAUGUCUUGAGCUACACGAGGAUACAUCGGAAUGAUGCGUGGGCUAGAGGAUGGUGUUUCCCGGAUUUCUGGCUGGAUGAGGAGAAUGAGGCGACAGAUUACGAGGGGAUGUGGCUGAAGGACCGAGUGGUGGUUAUGGAACAUGAAAAGGGAGGCUGGAUGAAGGAUAUAGGACGAGUGGCUUCUGGAAAUAAAGACCAGCUCGGCGUAGGGAGAUUAUGGCUACUCCCAGAGGAAGCCAUCUAUCUGGUCGAAAGAGGCACUGUGGACCUGUGGUGGCCAUAUACGGACUUUGAAACCCUUCUACCCAAAGGUAGUACUGCUGGAGGAGCACCCCGUCCUGGGUUUGGCCCUGAUGAUUAUGAUGUUGGGUUGCCGCUGAGUCUUGAAGCCGCUUAUUCGCUCUUCAUCGGCUACGAGGGCGAGCAGGGCAAGACAACGCUUCCCAAAUAUCAAGUUUAUGCGCAUUUAAAGCGUGCAGGGUUCAACAUCCUUCGUGCGCCGCUCGAGCAGCCGAGGCCAGAAUCCACAGAACAUUCGCAGACACUUUGGCAAUGGCUCUUCUCCUUUGUCAAGUGGGAGUCGGGGGAGGAGAGGAUACAGCGGCACCACCAGCCUUUCGGUCCGCUCGUCGCUCCAGGACUUUACCGGGCUUAUCGGCCUAUAUACCAACAACUAGCUCUUCUCCCUCGACAUAAACCUCUCCCUGUACCACCAGAACCAUCUAAACCAGAGGAUCCCUUCAGGGUGCACUUCCACGUAUGGAAGCCUGGCGCGGGAGGAUUCUCCAAGAAGAAUCCUCCACCCCCCGACUUUCGCAUCGCGGUGGCCGACACGGCCGACUCAUGCCUGCCCACGCUGGAACAAAUCGAAUCGCUACUCGAGUCUACGCCGUACGAUCCUGCGCCGGAAGCCUGGCGGGGACAGCCAGGGAAACUGUACCAGCGACUGAAACACGGCCACCGAAAUGUAAUCGUCGCGGUUGUGGACAGAGGAUUAGUAAACUUUAUGAGGUUUGGAGAGGGCGCGUUUGGCGAAGAGAAGCUAUUUGAACGCUUUGACAACAGAGGCGCUGGCGGGAGGGGAGGAAAGAAGGGCGGUCGCGGAGGGGCCCGCGGAAGAGGCAGAGGCAGAGGGCGCGGAAGAGGAGGACGAUGA